CGCUGAGUGACGUCCUGGCUUCAAAUAUGACAUUUUUUGAAAGGGUGAUGUUGUUACUCUUGGAUCAGCGAUGGAUUUAGGCUGGCAGUCUGACUGAGGAAAGGAUAUGGUACCAGCUGCCUGGCAGGUAUGGCAGUACAAGAUGGACAACCCAUGAACCUCAGUGACAGUGAAGAUGAAGAAUGGCCUACAGAAGAGGUGCAGCCAUUACUGGACAACAAAGCACAAACAUUAGGUGGAGCACAACAUGUUACCAACAUAUCCUCAGUGCCACUGAUAGGCUCCAGGCAGUGCUGCUCAGCCCGCUGGAACUUGUCCUUCUUGAUGUUCCUGGGGUUCAGUAUGGUUUAUGCUCUACGUGUUAACCUUAGUGUGGCAAUGGUAGCCAUGGUCAAUAGUACAGUUCCUCAGCCAGUAGACAACAGCACCUAUUUGGCCGUGUGUCCAGAUCAUUCAGCUGACAACAGUAGCAACACCAGCAGGGAAACGCUAAAGGUUCAACAGUUCCAGUGGGAUUCAACAACUCAGGGAGUGAUUUUGAGUUCAUUUUUCUAUGGGUACAUCCUUACUCAGGUUCCAGGGGGUUACCUAGCAGGCUACUUCGGGGGAAAGCUUUUUCUGGGCCUUGGGGUGCUGGUCACCGCAGCUUUAACAUUGCUUACCCCACUAGCAGCCAGUCUAGGGGUACCCUACCUUGUUAUCUUAAGGGCCCUAGAGGGCUUUGGAGAGGGUGUGACCUAUCCUGCAAUGAAUGCCAUGUGGGCAAAAUGGGCACCUCCUCUUGAGCGCAGCAGGCUGAUGACCUUUUCUGGCACAGGUGGUAGCUUUGGGUCAUUUGUGGCACUCCCCCUUACUGGAUUCAUUUGCCAUUCCCUUGGCUGGGCUUACGUCUUUUACAUCUUUGGUAAACUGUUUUCCACGGGGGCCGCUGGCUGUAUCUGGGCGCUUUUGUGGUUCUGCCUGGUCACCGAUGAACCUCUUUCUCACCCCAGAAUCAGCAAGCAGGAGAGAGAUCACAUCACCAGUUCAGUUGGUUUACAGGGUCAGUGUCAUGGAUGGACUCUCCCGUUUCUAUCGAUGCUCACUUCUCUCCCACUCUGGGCCAUCAUCAUUGCUCAUUUUUGCAUCAACUGGUCUUUCUACACUCUACUGACGACACUGCCAUCCUAUAUGGCCCAAGUGCUACACUUCAGCAUCAAAGAAAAUGGAUUCCUCUCUGCAGUGCCUUAUUUCACUUCUUGGGUCAUGUCUAUCAUUUGUGGUCAGCUGGCUGAUCGCAUGCGGGAGCGACGCAUUGUCAGCACGACAUUCGUACGCAAGAUGUUUACAGUCAUAGGGUCAGUGCUACCCGCAGCCUUCUUCAUUGCAACAGCAUUUAUUGACUGUGAUUAUGUAGCAGCAAUGGCGUUCCUCACUGUGUCUUCCACUCUGAUUGCCGCUAACUCAGCUGGAUUUAGCAUCAAUCACAUCGAUAUUGCACCAAGGUAUGCCGGGGUGCUGCUGGGCAUCACUAACACAUUUGGGACACUGCCUGGGAUGAUUGCACCCACAGUAGUGGGGUACCUCACUGCUCAGAAUGCCUUGGCUGGGUGGAAAAUAGUGUUCUACAUUUCAGCAGCUAUACUGACAUUUGGUGGAGUAUUUUAUACUGCCUUUGGUAGUGGUGAACCUCAAGCCUGGUCUAAGGGCAUUCCUGAGGGAAAACAGAGAGACCAGAAGAGCAUUACAUCACCCACGCUUAUAAACCAUCCUGUCUGGUCUCCAGAUCCCGAUGAUUAGGACGGAUCGGUAAAGUUUUGAGAAGAUCACUAGUGAAGAAGGUUAACAAUGAACUCUGGAGGUUUUCACUGGCUUGUAUUCAAUUACAAUGUAGCAUAGUUAAGAAAUCACGUUAGAAUGCAUGGACUAAACAAGAUAUGUGACCAGAUAUUACUUUCUGCAGGGUUACCAAUCAUCCUGCUAGAAACUGCUAAUUUUGCUAAAGUUAAAGACCAAUAUUUGUCAGUUUAUAUCAGACAGUCAAGUGACUUAGGCCAACAGGAAGACCAUGUGUUAUGGGAGCAUUUCUGCAUUAAAAUUCAGGAGCAUUUAGGCACAUAACCAUUUGUAAUUAUCUUUGUCAGAGAGGUGGCCAUACUGCAAGAGAUGUGUGAACAGUUAAUAAUAAUAAUAAUAAUAAUUCAUUACAUUUAUAUAGCGCUUUUCUCAGUACUCAAAGCGCUAUCCACACAGGGAGUUCACAGCUGUGUCCUCUCACCUGCAGGCCAGAGGUGUCCUGCAGAGUGGGAACAAUUAAAUGGAAAUACAACAGCAAAGACAAUCAAAAAUUAGCAGAGUACUGUAUGAUUUUUCCUCUACUAACAUUAACUGUAUAUAGCCUGCUGAAACUGCAAUGCCAAUACAUAAUAGUCAGUUAUAUAAUAAACAAGUCUUUCAAAGAUUCCGCUUGCCAGCCUUCUCGGCUCUAACCACAAAUCUUUCUUAGUUAUGGAAGUGUAAUCAUGAACUAAACAGUAGAUAAAAUGGAAUCAUUGAAAUGGCCAGGAUAUAUAAGAAGCCAAAAAUCAAGGGUUUAUUUUUAAAGUUUUGAAUCAUUGAGCUUAUUGAAAAACUUAACUUUAAAAACAGUUUCCAUUUUCUUUGUGUUAACCUCCAGAUCUAAUUUUUUAAAUUAAACACUAGUCAGUUACAAAAUGUAUAAAUCUGAAGUGGAGCCAUUUUGAAGAAAAUUAGAACUUAAACCCUUAGAGACAAGUCAGCCAAGAAUGUUCAGCUUGCUACUUCAUAUGUUGCAGUUUACACCCCACCCACAACCCCCACCAUCUCUUUGAAUUCAAGAUGUACAUACGUGCUUGUUAACCUGUACUUUAAAUGCACCAUUCUUUUAAAUUAUAUUAAGAACAUGAAUGAACUGCCGUGUGUGGAUAUGGGAGAUGUCUGCAUAAUGGAUGUGGAUGUUGCACCUUAGGAAAAUGUGAUUUUCCACUUGAUUCCACCACCUGAUUAAAUAAUGAAAUUGUACAAACUAAAAAUAUAACUCAGUGUUAAUUUACUACAGAGUUUCCCAAACUCAGUCUUGGUGAGGUGCUGUAACUAUUGGCUGUUGAUUUUAUUAACAGCUAUACCAUCUGACUCUAUAUGUGUGACUCUGUAUAGCACUGCUGAGUUACAGCUUCGGAGACCUUGUUUCGAUUCUUGACUUAAGCACUGUCCCUACAACUUUGUCUGCUUUGGUUUUUUACUAAAUAAUCCAUUUUCCUGUCACAUUCCAAAAAUGUGCAUGUAUCUGGUGAGUGUCUUCAUUUGCCCAGUAUGAGUGUAUGCAUAAGUAUGGAGUGUGUGUGUGUGUGUGUGUGUGUGUGGAUGUUCCCUAUGUUGAAUAAAAACUAACCAAUAUAUACGCUGUGAUGAACACAGCUUUUUUUUUACUUAUCAUAUAGACAGUAGUGGCACUUUGAGGAGAACUGAACUGGAACCUGUACAGUUAAUGACUCAUUCCCUACCACAGACUCACUGUUUGAAUCUGAGUAAGCCAUUUAGCCUGCCCACUUUUAAAUCUGAUUAUAAUUUUUAUGUGAAACAUGUUGGUAUCCUAUUUUUAUUAGGAAAAGCAUUAUAAUAGUGCAGGGUUGGCACCCUGCCUGGGAUUGGUUCCCUGCCUUGUGCCCUGUGUUGGCUGGGAUUGGCUCCAGCAGACCCCCGUGACCCUGUUUGGAUUCAGCGGGUUGGAAAAUGGAUGGAUGGAUUGUAAUAGUGUAGGACUCACUUGCUAUUUUGUAUUCUUAUUUCUUUGUAAUUAAAUUACAUAGUAUGUUAUGUCUAUAAGUGUGUUGGCAUACACUCGACCAGCAGGCCAUCAUUGAUAAAAAAGGAUCUAGCUCCCUGUGGCCCAAUCUAAAAAAAAGUGUGUCUCUCUGCACGCAUUUCUGUUACUGAAUGGGUGUACUGCCUUACAACGUACAAACACUGGUUUGAUUUCAUCCUAGGGAGCUGUGUGUGUGUGUAAAGACUGCGUGUUGUUUCUGUGUUUGUGUGGGUUUCCUAAAGGAACUCUGGUGCUGUUGGGCCAUUUGGUUACAUUUACAUGAUCCCCAUGAAGUACUGAUAAGUCUGCUGAUAUAGACAUACAAUGAUAACAUGUCCAGCGUCUGCCAACUUACUACAUUAAGCAGGAAGAGCCACUAAAGAACAUGGAUGAUAUGUGAAUAGGAAUAAUGCUAUAGAUACAAAAAAACUAGUCUGGCUUCUGUUUUAUGAUUUUGUAGUUUGAAUUUACACAGUGCAGCUGAAAAUAAAAAUGAUUUUGUACUUUG